CAUUAGCAAAUAAAAAAACUGCAGCCAACUUCAUUUAUAUUGAUAAACAAAUGUUAACAUAACAUUGUAAUGUUACAACAGCAUUGCCAGGUGGAAAACAUACACAGUUGUGAAAAAGUAGUAGUUUCAAAUUACAAAGAAAAACCGUCAUUCAGUCCGACAGGAAAAAUUUUCCUAUUCACACGGUGUUUUUUUCAAAGUUAAUUGAAAUUAGAUAAAAUUUUGAAAAUUCAGUUAAAUAAAAGGAUAUGUCUUCUGCAGAAUAUAAUACAACUUAUGCAGCACCCGAUAUGUUGCAAUUGAAUAUGGACAAUAUAUCAAAAGAACUGAACGAUUUGAUUGUUACUGGCGAACAGGAGUUUGGAAUGACUCAACAAUUUCCGGCCGCCAAUGUUGCAAGUGUAAUGCAAAAUAAUUUGCAAGUUUCAGCUUAUGCCAAGCCCAAUUUUCAGCUUUAUCAGCCUUGCGCGGCAAAUGGAAUGCAAUUUUCGAAACAUAACCUCAAUUACUAUGGUACUCUACAGCAGUCAAUGACUUUUGCAAAUAAUACUUACAACAACUUUGCGGCCAGACAAACUACUUAUACACCUUCAUAUGCCUUUUUAAAAUCUGGAAAGAAUUUUGGUCAUUCCACUCUUGGGCCAUCACAGGUUCUAAAUACGAAUGUCACUGAUACUCCUACUUAUGAGUUUCAUUAUUUACGUUCUAAUGGUGAAUAUGAAAAGAAGUUUUCUACUUCGUGCAACUCCUUGGGUAGCACAGGAACUUAUCGUAAAAUACCCCGUUUUGCUCAUAAACAUUUUAAUCAAAAACUAUCAAAUGCAACCACAGAUAAUGAUCACAUUAAGCUUGACUUGUCCCUAGUAGAUUUCAAUGAAAAUUCUACUGUACGUCAUCUUUUCGAGCUUUUACGUGAUUUACAUUGUGCCUUGGCCGAAGUACCACCCUCUUCAGAGGCAAAUGAAAAUAGUCAAUAUGUUGAAACAUUUGCUUCCGCUGAUGCCAAGAAAUCCGCUAUGCCUACUACUCUAAAUGUUCAGAAUCAAGUGAAGCAAGCCUGUCGCAAAUUGUCCAUUUUCAUUUGUGACAUGCAGCGUCUUUUGGACAACAAUAAAAUGUUUGAUCAUCAAAUGCAUGCCGAAUGUGAGUUCUAUUUGAAUACAUUGCGUCAAUAUUUAAAUCAAUUGGAAUUGUUUAAAACUAUUGAAAUGGAACAUAAGAGAGGACAGUUUCUAAAGGAAAAGAUUAAAGCACACGCCGAACGUCUGUCAUUAUUAUUAGAACAUACAAAUCGUCAAAUACGUGAGGUACACAUACGUUUAGUGGCCUUUGAUUGGUAUAUUGGUGUUAAAUAUCGUGGAGAUGUGGCGUUAACAGCAACUGUAUGUCAACAAACUAAUGAGAACUUUAAAGAAAAUUCAAAAAUUGGUGUAAUUAAUGAAAUUUUACAAAUGUGCAAUACAACAACAACAAAAACAACAAACAAUUUGAAUAAUCAAAUGGAGACCACAGCAACAACAACAACAACAACAUCAUCAUCAACAAAAGCAGAAUUUUCCACUAAUAUUAUAGAAUCUUCACAGAAUAUAUUGAUUAAUAAUAACAAAGAAGAAGUGGUGAAUGUAAAAUCGCUAUUAAAGAACAAUAAUAAUAACAAUAACAAUAUUUUUAAUGUUUAUAAACCAGACCAGAUCAGAAAAGUGGCGUCAACGACUACUUUCAAUCACAAUCGUCAUCCAUUUUUUUACAUUGGUUAAAAUCUGUUGAGAUGAUGUUGAUGCAAAAUUGAUUUUAUUGCAUUUAUUGCUGAAAUAUUUGUUUAAUGUUUCGCUUUAAUUAAACAAUAAUCAUUUUAUUAUUAUUUUUG